GCUGACCUUAGCGCUCUGUCCUUCUUGUUCUGGUUCCGGCCAUGGCUGUCUGUACAUCAAACCUUCGUCUGGUGUGAGCGCCCUUUUUUGGAUAUUCUUAGUGAUUCGUCGCGAUGUUCGAAGGGCUGGUUCGUCAGUUACUGCUCGGUUAUCUGGGUCGAUACGUCAAAGAAAUCCAGAAAGAUCAGCUCAAGAUCGGCUUAUGGAGCGAAGAAGUUUUAUUGGAGAAUGUUGAACUAAUUCUUGAAGCUUUUGAUUACCUCCAGUUGCCUUUUGCAUUAAAGCAAGGUCGUGUUGGGAGAUUAAGCAUCAAAAUUCCAUGGAAAAAGCUUGGUUGGGAUCCCAUUGUAAUUGUUUUGGAGGAUGUCUUUAUACGUGCCUGCAGGCGUGAUGACAAUGAGUGGGCUUUGGAUUCAGUUGUUAAAAGAGAAUAUGCUGGAAAAAAGGCCAAACUUGCUGCUGCAGAGUUGGCAAAAUUAUCAGGGCGCGUGUGUGAUAAUAAGGCUGGGCAGUCUUUUAUUUCAUACAUGACUGCAAAGAUUCUUGAUGGCAUCCAGUUGUCCAUCAACAAUGUUCAUGUCAUGUAUAUUGAUGAGCAAACUGACAUGGAAUGGUUUGUAUUUGGGUUGAGGCUUUCCAGUCUGAUGAUAAUGAAGCAGAAUAUUGUUGGGUCAUCUCUUGGUAUACUUCGAGGAGGUCAAGUCAACAAGAUUGUUGAGAUUUCAAGUCUUGAAAUUUAUUGUAGCACAAUUCCCGGAUCUCUGAGUAGUAUUGAUAUUGAGAACAUUGGUGACUCUAAGGUGCUUACUGAUCCAGUAUUGGGAUAUGAAAAAUGUGAUUACAUACUAGCCCCACUUGAUGUAGCAGUUUCUCUUGUGGUAAACAGAUCUGGAAAGAUUGAGAAUGGUGCGCCGCAGUAUUCCAUUACUGCUGAAUUAACUGCAUUGGUCAUUGUAUUGAAUGAGAUUCAGUUACAACAAAUCUUGAUUCUUUGGGAUUAUUUAGACAAUUGUCAGCUGAGAAAGAGAUAUGGACGUUAUCGGCCUUGGUCUAAUCUUUUAUCACAAAAAUAUAAGGGUUGGCAAAGAAUGUGGUGGCACUAUGCACAAGAAUGUGUCUUGUUAGAGAUCCGUAGAAAAUUAAGGAAAACUUCCUGGAGAUAUCUUGGAUGGCGAAUAAGUAGUCGCCGGAAAUAUGUCAACUUAUAUAAGAGAAAACUUGAUUUUCUUCAGCGAGAUCAGGCUGUCAGCGACGAUAUUCUUUCGGAGUUGGAGUUGUUGGAGAAAGAAUCUGAUGUUGAUGAUAUCCUGAGCUAUAGGUCUAUUGCAGAACAGGAGAUGCAGGAGAGUCCACUGAGUCUUGCAUCCUCCAACAUGGUUCCAACUGGUUCCAAUAGUACUGUUGAGAAGCAGCAAAAUGACGAGACUUCAUCAGGCAGGUCCCGCGGAUGGCUGAACUGGUUGUCUCUUGGUGUGCUUGGUGCUGGUGGAGCAGCAGAUUCCAGCCAAUUCUCUGGUGUUGUUUCUGAUGGAGUUAUCAAGGAUAUCUAUGAGGCUACAGAGUUCCAUCCACCACCUUCACUUGAUGGUGUUUCAACAAUAAAAGAUAAAACCUAUUUCUCGUCAUUCAAGUUCAACAUUCAUCAAAGUACUGCUACACUAAAGAGCAAGAGGGAUGGCAGGGAGACGGUUCAGUUGACUUUUGAUGGAGCUAUUAUUGAAUGUAAGCUUUGGAAUGACUCUGCAACCAUCAUUGCAUCACUUAACUCCAUGAUGUUGGUCAACCCUUGUUCAAAUAAUGUCAUUUUGCUUAGCAAAAAGGUUAAUGGCGAGACAAAUGCAUUGGAGAUUGCACAACCUUGUGUCUCUGUCCAAGUUGAUACGUCACCAAUUGACCAUGACCUUGAAAUAUCAUUGAAGGUUCUACUUCAACCAAUCGAAGUUACUUUUGACAGGGAUUUUUUUGUUAAUCUUCUGGAUUUCUGUUACAUUUUGCGGUCCUUCCAGUUUCAUCAUGAACGAGUUCUUCUGUCACUCAAUGGCUUUGAAGAUACUGACAUUCGACUGUUGUCAAAAGCUGAGUACAUCUUGUUAAAUCACACAAAAAUUAUAUGGGAUGUCAAUUUCAGUGAUGUGAUCAUAAAAUUUCCGUGGAAAAAUGUUGAUUCUGGAUCACUAAUAAUGAUUUUGGAGGUUGGGGUGGUUCGCUUUAGAUCUAGGAUGGAGAUGCAUUCCCCUGCAUCAAGCGUCGAAGGUCUGCAUAGUUAUUUUUCCUCAGACGUCCUAAGAUCUACUUCAAUCAAUAAUAAAUCACCAAAUAUCCGUCUUCAAGAUCUCUAUGAAUGCUUUGAGAUUUUUUUGACUGAUUUUGAGGUGAAGAUAACAUUUCCCCAUAGUCAUCAAGCACUGUCAGUUUUCGAAAAAUUUACCGCUACUGUUAUCUUGGAGUCUUGCAUUAUUCAUGAUGAAUUGUUGUUGAAACAGUUGCAGGUUCAUUUGGUUUUGCCAUCACUUUCUGUACAUUUCUCACCAUCAAUAUAUGGUGCAGUUGUGGAAUGCUUUGCAUAUCUAGAUAUUCCAGAGUCAAAAUCAGAAUUAAAAAUCCAUGGAAGGCUCGAUUUGUCUGAGUUCAAUAUGGAGGAGCCAAGGAGUUCUAUUUUUCAGUAUUCUGUUGCUGCUAAUUUAAACUGUGUUUGUUUCCAUGUUGACCUUGCAGAUGAUGUUGAAAAUAGUUUGGUUCUCAUCUUUGCUCUGGGGGAGUUGGACAUGCAGUAUUAUUCACAAGAACAAAUGGACAAGUGUAGUGUCUCUGUGAGGACUCUGAAGAUUAACACAUCUGUGGUGAAAGAUGGGACUACCGAACAUAUAUUGUGCUUGUCGAAGAAUAUUUCUGCUGCAAAUUCUGUGCAUGAGCAUAAAAUGGGUUUUGAGCUUGGCAAGUCAAAUGACAGUUGCGGUGACCGAAGUGCGUUAGCUGAAGGAUGCUUUCUUUUACACUAUGAAUCAUCAAGAAGUGUGGGCAUAAUUUGCCGAAGGUUCACAGUGUUCCUGAAUGAUGUUGAUAUUCAUUGCUACCCUAAUAUUUUUCGAAUGCUGCUUGAAUUUUAUGAUAGAAUGUCUACACAUGUUGCUCACUCAUCAGCUUCUUCUGAAGUGGACUCCUCUGGCUUUUGUGAGGAAUUUAAGUGCCCACAGCUGGAAUCAGUUUUUGAGUCCCAAACUUUUGGUUUUUCAAACUUCUGCAGAACUGAAGCCACUAGUAUGGCUGGCAUUCCUUUGGAUAAUUUUCCUUUCAUAACAAUUCACCAAUCUGGUUGUUUCAGUAACCUUGAAAGUUCACUUGUCUAUAGCAUUCCUCAAUGGAGAAGGAAUUUCCAAGUUGGAGAUAGAAAUUCUGUUAGAAGCCCAAAGUUCGGCAUAUGGAAGAGGUCAGAGAUGUUUAAAGUCCCAACAAUUAAACCAUCCAUUGCUGGUGCAUUUGGUACGUCUGCGAGUUGUAAGGAUGCUGAUUCAGUAGUUGUCUUGUUGGAUUUCAAUGGAAUCAGAGUACAUUUUCAUGAUUCUUCCUGCACUCUAGCAACUCUAACACUAACAGCCUCUAAAUCCUUACUUUUUUUCCAUGGGAUCCACUAUUGGGAUGUAUUAUGUUCUGUUGACAAAUUAUUACUCUCUUCAUCAUGGUCUAGCCAAAAUUUCCAGGAGUAUCUAUGGGGUUCCUCAUUACCGAAUCUUUCUUCUGUACUUAAUAUUCGCUUGAGGAAAGUAAAUGGUGGAGCAUUGGGUUCCCAAAUUGAAAUAAGCAUAGGCAUUCAGCAUGUAUGCUGUGUUUUAAUGUCUGAAUUUUUGGCCAUUAUAAUUGGUUACUUUUCUUCCCCUGACUGGAAUCCAAAUGGAAAUAAGCAAUGUAUUGCUGAAAAUCAUGAGUAUGAUGCACAAAUUAGUGUUUCUUACAAGAUUGAGAUCCUUGACUCUCUAUUGAUUUUACCCCUGGAGGACAAUGAACAUCAAUCUGUACAACUAGAACCUCAACAACUAUAUUUAAGUUUCGUCCAAGGGUGCAGCUCAGUAUAUGCUGUAAAUGGCAUUCCUUGUGAAUGUAUGGUUCCAGCAAAUAAUCUUUCUGAUAAAGUUGACCUUCUGAAUGUAUUUGGGCGCGAUGUAUCUCUAUCACUUCUGCUAAUCAAGGAUGAAGAACAAUCUUCUUCAGAGCUUCAUCAAGAUACUCAACUUGUCUCCUUGAUUGCAGCACUAGAUGCAGAUUUAUGGGUCAGAAUUCCAUGUGAAAGUGAAACCUUUUGUGGAGACUCUUCUGCUCCCACAUGUGUCAUGAUGAAGGUUGGCAAUUGUCAGGUUAUUUCCCAAGAUGACUAUCUUUUUUAUGGUGUUGAGACUAUUGUGACUUUGAUUAGUCAGCUGUCAUCAGUUAACAGAGAAUCUAAAGGCUUUACUUCGGAUGUCUUCCAGUUUCGGCAGUUCAAGAGGAGUUUAAGAGAGGAUCAUGCUAUUCAUCCUGAUGCCUCUAGUGUAAACUUCACCAUUUUUAGAUGUUGUGUCAAUGCACUGUAUAUAAAAUUAUAUCAUUCUAGGGGAGGACAAUCUGUUCCAUCAAAACUGAUAGCUGAGGCAGCCAUGCAGUUUAAAUUAUCGGCAUCAUUUAAAAAUGAGACACCAUUAUGUUUGGAUGUUGAUUUCUCUUCUCUGACUCUGUAUUCAUUUCAUACUUCUGCUAUCUUAGUCCACUGUACUUCCGAGGGUUCAGUUUCUUCGGGUAUCAAUGUUCAUUUCUCCAAAUCAGAUGAAGCUGGCACUGAGCUAGUAGUUAGUAUAUCUUCUCUUGACAUUUGGUUACACUUGUCAGACUGGAGGGAAGUCAUUGACCUUGUGGUUUCCCAUACUCAGCCCUUAGCCAAGACUUCCAUCGUGAUUGGGUCAACUAUUAAUUCAGAUAUCCAUUCAGUGAAACUGACAGAAAAUACAGGCUCAAUUUUGCUGCAAAAUGCUCCAGAAUCUCCCAAGUCAUCAACUUCUUUUGUAUCCGGAAAUAUCAUGCAAGAUCCUGUUCAUCUUAUUGUGAAAGCAGAGAAUAUUGGCAUUUCAUUUCAUUUCCCUGUUUGGGUCAAGGAAGAAGUGUUGGAUAAAUAUGGAUCAGCAGAAGCUCAAAAGGAGAUCCUUAGGAAAUUAUCUACUGAAAUAACUGAAGGAACUGCAGCCUUUCAACCAAAGCAUGCUAAAUAUAUUGCAGUUACUCUGCAUGGUAGAGGUAGUCAAUUAACAAUUUGUGGCACAAGUACAAAAUUUAAUUUUAAUGUGGAAAAGACAAGUGGGAGGCUGGAAGAUGUCAAGGAUGGAAGAGUUUUCUCUUGGCCUUUCUUCAAGUUAUAUCAUGUUAAUGUAGCUGGAGAAAUACACGAUAAGAAGGGACUUGUACAUGCCUCAUCUGAUCUACAAAUUGAAAAUUUAGAUGUAUGGCUGUCAUAUCAUACAUUUAACUUCUGGCAUGGUAUUGGUUUCGAGACUUUUGAAGCAGGAUCAUCAGACUUUUCCUUUGGAACCAUUAAUUUUAAGGUGCAUUUGAAAAAGGCUUCUAUUCUUCUAUCUGAUGGAAGGUGGAUUUGCAAUGGACCCCUUCUUGUGAUCUUGGUGAGGAAUCUGCUUUUGCAUGCUUACAUAACAAAUGAUAACAUGGAGACCUCAGUUUCCGGUGACCUUCGCGUGAACUACAAUAACAUUGACAAGGUCAUGUGGGAGCCUUUUGUAGAGCCAUGGAAGUUUCAGCUAAACAUCAUCAGAAAAAAUGAGCAGAGCGCUCUUCUGAACACUUCUUUCAUUACGAAUUUUCAUUUGAUGUCAACAACACAACUUAAUUUGAACCUUACAGAACCCCUGAUUGAGGUUAUUUGCAGGGUGAAAGAGAUGAUGAAAGAUGCUUGCAAUCAGGUUGGGUUGAAUGAUCUUCCUGAAAGGCAGACAUUCCUGGAAUGUCAAACCAGUGACAGUGAAUAUACAAGAAGAUAUGCCCCCUACAUACUCCAAAAUGAGACAUCUUUGCCCCUAUCCUUCCAGCUGUACUCUGGGUCUGUUAAUGGGGAUGAUUCUGAUAUACUAGCAGUGAAAGAUGGGAAUUUUGUCCCACCAGAUUCUUCUGUUCCAAUUUACAUUGACAAAACUCCAGAGGAACAGAUAUUUUGUUUCAGGCCAGGUAACUCUUCUGAUAGACUCAGUGAAAAAAAAUCAAAUGGGGUUUUGCAUCAUAAGAUAUCAAUUCAACUUGAUGGAACAUCUAGGCCGUCUCCUCCCAUAUCAAUGGACAUCGUAGGCCUCAGCUAUUUUGAGGUAGAUUUUUCUCAAGCAUCAGAUAAAAGAGUAGACAAAAAUGAGGUUGCUUUGAAGUACAAUAGAAAAAUUGUAGAGAAAAGUAGAACGGAUGCAGGUGAUAGAUUUGUUGUUCCUGUGGUGUUUGAUGUCUCUGUACAGCGUUACAGCAAGUUAGUGCGAUUAUACUCAACGGUCAUACUAUACAAUUCAACUACAAUGCCGUUGGAACUACGAUUCGAUAUUCCAUUUGGUGUAUCCCCAAAGGUUCUGGAUCCGAUAUAUCCUGGUAAGGAGUUUCCACUGACUUUGCAUUUGGCUGAAGCCGGUCGCAUUAGAUGGCGUCCAAUUGGUAGUAGUUACCUGUGGAGUGAAGCACAUCAGCUAUCAAAUAUUCUCUCACAUGAAAACAGGCUUGGAUUUAUGAGAUCUUUUGUUUGCUAUCCAUCUCAUCCCAGUAGUGAUCCCUUUCGCUGUUGUGUCUCAGUGGAAGAUAUCAUACUGCCUUCAUCCAAUGUGCCAAAGAAGGGUUCACCUCUUUGUGUCAGAGAAAUUGUGAAGCAAUCUGCCAAAAAUGAUGCUGAAGGCGUGCGCAAACUGGAGAAGUCAAAAAAACGAUUUAUCCACCGGGUGGCAUUAAUUACUCCAUUUUUGGUGAAGAACUAUUUACCAAGGGCAGUAUCAUUGACCAUAGAAAGUGGAGGAGUUACUCGUACAGUAUCCGUUCCAGAGGUGGAAACUGCUUCUAUUUUUCACAUUGAUUCUACUCAUGACCUGGGGAUAGUGUUUCAUGUGCAUGGAUUCAAACAAACCGUUUCAAAGUUUCCACGUGCAGAAAAAUUUACAGAAGUGUCUAAGUUCAGUGAAGCCAAGUUUUCUUCAUAUGAAACAUUGACAUUUUAUCCUGAGUUAUCCAAUGGUCCUGUACAUCUUACUCUGGAGAAGGUGAUGGAUCCGUUCUGUGGUGCACGGGAACUUUGCAUCUCUGUACCGUUUUUGCUAUAUAAUUGUACUGCAUUGUCUCUUAUCAUUGCUGAUUCUGGCAAUGAAAUGAAAGGAAACUGCGACAGUAUUCCUUCUUGUUACCAUUUAAUUGGGCAGGAAAAACUUAUGGCCAGAAAACAAGGCCUUGGCCUUAUAUUUUCUAAGCAUGGUGCAAAUGCCACUGACCAAAAUAUUGAUGAUUUGAGAAAUUCACUCCCAACAAAUGUUUUCAUCUCAUUAAGGGAGAAUCAUAACCUGUUUACCUAUAGGUCUCUUGGCAAUGAUUUUAUUUCAUCAGAUUCUUCUACAUAUUCUCUUGAGCAUGUUCACAGCAGUGAUACUUGUGCUCAAAAGGCUACUGAAAGCAGUUCAAAGCACAUAAAGAGUGAAAUGAGUGUUUUUGAAGAAGGUGAAAAGAGUUCUUAUCAUUAUGACAACAACAGCAGAAAGGUUAAGGCAUGCAUGUAUUCUCCUCAUCCCAUUUCCUCUGCAAGUGAACUUAUGGUUCGAUUGAGCACAAGCUUCUCUGAAACUAUGAGUGAAAAUUUCCAAAGUUCUUGGUCUAGUCCAUUUUUUCUUGUUCCACCAAGUGGCUCAACUAGUGUGCUCAUUCCUCAACCAUCUACAGCUGGAGUAUUUAUAAUAUCUGUGACAUCAAGUCCAGUUACUGGACCUUUUUCUACAAGAACAAGAGCCAUAACUUUCCAACCCAGGUAUGUUAUUAGUAAUGCUUGCAGCAAGGAAUUGUCUUUCAAGCAAAAGGGAACUGAUGUUCUUUUCAACCUUGGAGUUGGGCAACAUUCUCAUCUUCACUGGACUGAUACAACAAGGGAGUUACUAGUUUCAAUUCGCUUCCAUGAACCUGGAUGGCUUUGGUCGGGAAGCUUCUACCCUGAUCAUAUAGGUGAUACGCAGAUGAAAAUGCGAAAUUAUGUUUCUGGUGCAUCAAAUAUGAUACGUGUUGAGGUUCAGAAUGCUGAUGUUUCCAUCAAAGAUGACAAAAUUGUUGGCAGUUCCCAAGGAAAAUCAGGGACAUACUUGAUUCUUCUAUCAGAUGAUGACACUAGCUUUAUGCCGUACAGAAUUGACAAUUUCUCAAAGGAGAAAUUACGAAUUUAUCAGCAAAAAUGUGAAACUUUUGACACAACUGUCCAUUCUUACACAUCUUUCCCUUAUGCUUGGGAUGAACCAUGCUUUCCUCAUCGUCUCGUCAUUGAGGUACCUGGAGAGCGUGUUUUGGGGUCAUUCGACCUUGAUCAAGUGAAGGACUAUGUACCUGUAUGCUUACCUUCGACACCCGAGAAACCUGAAAGAAAAUUGUUUGUCUCUAUCCACGCUGAAGGAGCUAUUAAGGUACUCAGUAUCAUUGAUUCAAGUUACCAUCUCUUGAAAGAUAUGAAGAAGACUCAUUCUCCUAGCUUCAAAGGAAAAAACAAAGCUGGUCAGGAGGAGAAAAUUGUUGAUUACACUGAGAGAAUUUCUGUUCAUUUGUCAUUUAUUGGAGUUUCUUUGAUGAACUCUCAACCACAGGAAUUGCUUUUUAUAUGUGCAAAGGACACUAAGAUAGAUGUACUGCAGAGUGUGGAUCAACAAAAGUUCUCCUUCCAAAUCUAUUCAUUGCAAAUUGACAACCAACUGCAUAAUACUCCAUAUCCUGUUAUCCUGUCCUUUGAUCAUGCACACAGAGGAAAUUCAGCCAACCAGGUGAAGAAUAUGGAUUACAGCUCUAAGGUCAAGAAUGGAAAUGUGAUACACGUUGCCUCCGACAAUUCAUGUACACCGAUGUUAUGUUUAUCUGCUGCAAAAUGGAGAACAAAGGAAAUCUCAUUGGUUUCUUUUGAAUAUAUAAGUUUAAGAUUGGCAGCUUUGCGUCUUGAGCUUGAGGAAGAAGUGGUUUUAAGCUUGUUUGAAUUUGUUAGAACAGUGAUCUCAAGGUUGCAGAACAGAGCAUUGCCUCAUCAAGAUUCGUCACUGAAUUCUCUUGUCUAUACUACAGACGAUGGGAAUCCAGCAUUACCUUCAGUAGUUCCGAUUGGAGCUCCUUGGCAGCAAAUUUACCUCUUAGCAAGGAGGCAGAAAAAGAUAUAUGUUGAAAUUUUUGAUGUAGAUCCUAUCAAAUUGACUUUAAGUUUCUCUAGCACUCCCUGGUUGCAUAGGAAUUAUGAUCUUACACCAGCAGAAUCUCUAGUUCACAUCGGUGGCACUGCUGUUCAGAGAAGCCUUAUGGCUCUUGCGGAUGUUGAGGAAGCACCAGUCUAUCUUCGCCAACUCACCAUCAUGCAUCAUAUGGCUAGCUGGGAAUCUAUUCUAGAUAUCCUCAUCAGGCACUAUACUUGGCAAUUCCUGCAUGAAAUGUACAAGGUAUUUGGUUCUGCUGGUGUAUUUGGUAAUCCAAUGGGCUUUGCGAGGAAUGUGGGACUUGGCAUAAAAGAUUUCUUAUCGGUUCCUGCUAGGGGCAUUUUGCAGAGUCCUUCUGGCCUAAUUACCGGCAUGGCACAAGGUACCACAAGUCUACUUAGUAACACCAUCUAUGCAGUUAGUAAUGCUGCAACUCAGUUCAGUAAAGCUGCACAUAAGGGUGUUGCUGCAUUUACAUUUGAUGACCAUGCUGUUACCCAAAUGGAGAAGCAGCAGAAAGGUGUAUUAAAUGAAUUCUUAGAGGGUCUCACUGGAUUCCUUCAAUCACCAAUUAAAGGAGCUGAGAAACAUGGCCUUCCCGGUGUCCUAUCAGGAAUAGCCCUUGGAACUGCUGGGCUUGUAGCCAGACCAGUGGCCAGCAUUCUUGAAGUCACUGGAAAAACUGCACAGAGCAUUAGAAACAGAAGCAACCCUCACCAAUCACACCAUUUUCGUGUGCGCUUUCCGAGGCCUCUAGCCAGAGAGUUGCCCCUGAGGCCCUAUUCCUGGGAAGAAGCAAUUGGGACAUGGAUGCUAUUGGAAGCGGAUGAAAGAAAGUUCAAGGAUGAGAUAUUUGUUAUGUGCAAAAUGCUUAAACAGUCGGGGAAGUUUGUUAUAAUGACUUUAAGAGUCAUCUUGGUUGUUUGUUGUUCGAGCUUGGAGGGAUUGGGUACAACAGAAUUCCAAGGUGUUGCAGAUCCAGAGUGGGUGAUAGAAGUAGAGAUGGGCUUGGAGAGUGUGAUUCAUGUUGAUAGAGAAGAGGAGGUGGUGAACAUAGUAGGAAGCCGUUCAGAUAACUUCUUAAAGCAGCAUGAAUCAAAAAGAGGUGGCUCAAGGACAAAGCAAUGCAGCACUCCCGCCUCAGUGCCGCUUUUUCAGAUGAGUAUAGAAUUGGUAACCAAGGAAGAGGCAGAGGAUGUUUUACAGGUACUAUUGGCUACAAUCGAACAUGGAAAGGAUCAAGGUUGGGGAUUACAUGUUUUGCAUCAAGGUAAUAUCCGUUGAAGGCUCAUGUUAUCAAUACCAAUUUGUGCUCAUGUUUGAUGAAGUAGGAGUGGACGA